UGGGCUGGACGUAGACUAUAUAUAAGCAAGCACUGUUAUGACUUUAUGAUUUUUAGUUUUGUUAGAGGGGGGAAAAAAAGACCUCUCACUAAAUAAAGGACAAGGAUUUCCAUCUGUGCUAGAAAUAUCUGCAUCUUGAACCAUGACUGUAAGAAAAGCACUGAUAGUUUUAGCACAUCCAGAGAAUUCUUCAUUUAAUCAUGCCAUGAAAGACGCAGCGGUUGACGCUCUGAAAAGAAACGGAUGGGAUGUCACUGUAUCAGAUCUUUACGCCAUGAAGUUUAAUCCCGUCUUGUCACGUGAUGAUAUUACUGGAAGCCCCUCAGACCCCAGCAAAUUCAAAUAUGGUCCAGAGACGCUGCUGGCAUAUAAGGAGGGACGCCUUUCUAAAGAUAUCGUGGAAGAGCAAAAGAAGGUUGAAGCAUCUGACCUUGUGAUAUUCCAGUUCCCUCUUUACUGGUUUGGACUGCCUUCAAUCAUGAAGGGAUGGAUUGAACGUGUGUUCUCCCUAGGAUUUGCAUAUAGUUUUCAGACAAUGUACUCCAAUGGACCAUUUAAGCACAAGAAAGCUCUGUUGUCCUUCACCACCGGAGGAAGUCAUCCAAUGUAUUCCACCAACGGGUUGAACGGAGACAUCAAUAUCGCUCUGUGGCCUUUACAGAAUGGAAUGCUUAAUUUUUGUGGGUUCCAAGUUCUUGAGCCACAGAUUUCCUAUGCGGUAUCUCUUAUCCCUAAUGAAGCACGGACGCAGAUACUUGAGAACUGGCAGAAACGCCUAGAAAAAAUCUGGGAAGAGAAACCCAUCCACUUCCUCCCAGUUGAGGACUUUGAUGUAUCUGGUGGAUUUGUGCUCAAGAAAGAGGUUGUGAAGGCCAAUGCUGAUAACAAGUAUGGCCCCACAAUAGGACAGAAUCUGGGCAAGGCUGUGCCUCCAGACAGUCAGGUGAAAGCUGGCAGUACCAGGCUCUGAAUGCUAUUUGCGAUAGUGUAAAAAAAGCUCUAUGAUCAACUGUCUUUUCAUGGAAUUAAUUGUAAGUACCAGAUUCAAUAUCUAUCAUGGAUCAUUUUUCACAUAUGUAAAAUGUUUUACAAAUAAAACCAUAUUGUUAAAGGAA